CUUUCUUUUUUAGAAGCAUAGACCUAUCUCUCUCCUAUUUAUUUAUUUCUUGCAUGUCACAAAAAAAGAGAGGCGCCAAAAGCCGACGUACCCAAAAAGUCUAUCAAUGUACCGGUUAUGGAAAUUGUACUAUGACCUUUACUAGAAGUGAGCAGUUAGUCAGACAUUUAAAAAGGCAUAGAGAUGAGAUGCCCUCUGUUACCACUGCUACUACAAACACCACUGCUGCCACUGCCACGGUUAACACUUUUGGCGAUGCCAGUGUCAUCCCUACUGCUGUCUUACCUGAUAACAACAUUGUCUAUCUCGACUUGACAUGUAAUCGACAAGGUCAUGAUGAAGAUGAUGAAGAUGAGGAUAUUGUAUCACCCUCUACUCAUGAUUAUGCAGAAACUAUGCUCUAUUCAUUUGUAGAUAACUCACCUCAUGUGGCUGAUUUAUUAUGGUCAAAGCAACAACUGGGUCAAAGUGAAUUCUUAAAACUAGCUCCAGAGACGAACGAAGAGCUAGUAUUAGAGAUACCUCAUCCCACGCCAAGUAUUUCAACUCAUGACAUAUGCUUAUUUUGAUAAACAUUUGCUUUAUUCAUUUGAUGAAAAACCUCUCAUAAAAGAAUAAUCAUUCAACGGAUUCUGAACUGGUUCAUCCUUUUUUGUUUAAUGAGCUGUCAAAUCACUGUUCAUACCAAAGCUAUUGACUCUGUCCUUUUGAAAGAUUAAUUUAUUAUCGCAUUGAAUAUAUCUUUUAUCAGCUGGGUCCUGCAGUUGGUUCGUUUUAAUAUAUGUCCAAAGUCUUUUAACCACCUCUGGUCUUGACAACUAAUAAAGUAAAUUAAUAUGGCCAAUACUACAUGCAGCAGAAAAUAGGCUAAAUAGUACAAAUGCGAAUUUAUCAAAAUUACAAGUGAAUUAGGUGGUCUUUGUUGAUCAAACUGACAACA